UGUGCCCUGGCCAAGAGAAGCAAGAGGGUCCCCCCUGCCCUUUGUGAUAAGGCUGAGUCUGCCUCUCCUAUUCCCUUGUGUUAGAUGCAAGACCGAGGGUGCCUCUCGUAUCUUAGUUGCAAGACUGAGUCUUCCUCCCAUAUCCCCUUGUGUUAGUUGCAAGACUGAGGCUGCUUCUCGUAUCUUAUAUGCAAGACCGAGUCUGCCUCUGGUAUCCCCUUGCUUUAGUAGUUCGUUGCAAGACCGAGGGUGCCUCUCGUAUCUUAGUUGCAAGACUGAGUCUUCCUCCCAUAUCCCCUUGUCUUGUUUGCAAGACUGAGUCUGCCCCUCCUGUCCUCUUGUCUCAUUUGUGUGGAGUUUGAGGUGGCCAAGGUUCCCGAGCAGAGCAGUUCCUGAGAGAGUGUCCUUAAAUAAGCCUAUGCACUGAAUGGCAAGAUUCUCUGUGGUGCUGAUGUUUGAACAGGAUGAGUGGAUUAGGAGAAAAUACCUUGGACGGCAUGACCAGUGAUUCAAGAAAGCGUAAGCCGUUGCCCUGUGAUACCCCGGGACCAGGUUUGAUCUGCAGUGGGGAGAAACGUCGACGUGAACAAGAAAGCAAAUAUAUUGAGGAACUGGCUGAACUUAUAUCCGCUAACUUGAGUGACAUCGAUAAUUUCAACGUCAAGCCAGAUAAAUGUGCAAUUUUAAAGGAAACUGUUAGACAGAUACGGCAGAUCAAGGAACAAGGAAAAGCAGCUUCUACAGAUGAUGAUGUCCAGAAGGCUGAUGUAUCUUCAACGGGUCAAGGUGUAAUUGACAAGGAUUCCUUGGGACCCCUUUUAUUACAGGCAUUGGAUGGCUUCUUAUUUGUAGUCAAUCGAGAUGGGAACAUUGUAUUUGUAUCCGAAAACGUUACUCAGUAUUUGCAAUACAAACAAGAGGACCUGGUUAAUACAAGUGUUUACAAUAUCUUGCAUGAAGAGGAUCGGAAGGAUUUUCUUAAAAAUUUGCCCAAAUCUGCAGUGAAUGGCGUUUCUUGGACCAAUGAAGCACCUAGACAGAAGAGUCACACGUUUAACUGUCGCAUGAUGGUGAAAACCAUGCACGAUCUCCUGGAAGAUGUAGGAAACAACCAGGAGCCACAUCAGAGAUUUGAAACCAUGCAGUGUUUUGCUUUGUCUCAGCCAAGAGCUAUGAUGGAAGAAGGAGAAGAUUUGCAGUCCUGUAUGAUAUGUGUUGCCCGCCGUAUUUCUACAAUGGAACGGGUGUUUUCACCAAACACAGAGAGCUUUGUUACCAGGCAUGACCUUUCAGGUAAACUGGUUAACAUAGAUACAAACUCCCUAAGGUCUAUGAGACCUGGAUUUGAAGAUACAAUCCGUCGUUGUAUCCAGAGGUUUUUAUGUGCGAAUGAAGGACAGCCAUGGUCAAAUAAACGCCACUAUCAAGAAGCUUAUAUUCAAGGUCAUUCCGAAACUCCCCUCUAUCGGUUCUCCUUGGCAGAUGGAACACUAGUGACCGCACAAACCAAAAGUAAACUGUUCCGAAACCCAGUUACCAAUGACCGGCAUGGAUAUAUCUCCACCCAUUUCCUUCAAAGAGAACAAAAUGGAUAUCGACCAAAUCCCAACGUAAUGGGACAGAACAUCAGAGCACCUACAACGGGGAACACAAAUGCAGCCAGUGGUGUGAUGAACAUGUCACCUGGGCAAAACAUGCCUAUGCAGAAUAGGAACUAUGGCAUUGGAGAUCCCAACUUAAUGGGACAGAUGGGUGGUGUCAGAUAUGGAGGCCCUGGAAAUAUGGGAUCAGUGAACUGUGGACAACCCCUGCAGUCUUCUCCCUAUCAGAGCAAUAACUAUGGAAUAAAUAUGAGCAGUCCAUCCCAUGGCAGCCCUGGCUUGAAUUCCAGUCAACAGAAUUUAAUGGUAUCUCCUCGGAAUCGUGGGAGCCCAAAAGUGAAUCCACACCAAUUUUCCCCUGUAGCAGGUGUGCACUCUCCGAUGGGAUCCACCAGCAACACAAGCAGCAGCAACUUUUCGAGCAGCUCACUUAGUGCUCUUCAGGCCAUCAGUGAGGGGGUUGGAACCUCCCUGCUGUCCACACUGUCUUCACCGGGACCGAAACUCGACAAUUCUCCAAAUAUGAAUGUUGCUCAGCCAAGUAAAAUGGGGAACCCGGAUUCUAAAAGCCCUCCUGAGUUGUUUUGUGAACAAAAUCAAGUGGAGAGUUCCAUGUGUCAGUCAAAUAAUAGGGAGUCCCUUGGUAACAAAGAUAUCAAAGAAGAGAACCUCGAAGGCUCGGAGCAAAGGGGACCGCUUGAGAGCAAAGGCCAUAAAAAGCUUCUUCAGUUACUAACUUGUUCCUCAGAGGAGAGAGGGCAUCCAGCCCUCUCAAACUCCCCCUUAGACUCCAGUUGCAAAGAACCUUCUAUGAAUGCCACGAGCCCUUCAGGAGUUUCCUCUUCUACGUCAGGAGGAGUGUCGUCUUCAUCCAAUAUACAAGAGAAGCAUAGGAUUUUACACAAGUUGUUGAGGAAUGGUAAUUCUCCGGCAGAAGUAGCCAAAAUCACAGCAGAAGCUACUGGUAAAGACACAUACCAUGGCGGCGGCGGCAGCGGCUCAGCUUCCUGUGGUGAAGGAACAGUCAAGCAGGAACAACUGAGUCCAAAAAAGAAAGAGAACCAUGCUCUGCUGAGAUACUUGCUCGAUAAGGAUGACGGGAAGGAUCUUUCAAAAGACAUAAAACCUAAAAUAGAAAGUUUAGACAGCAAAAUGGGACAGUGCAGUAGUUCUGCCAUGCCUACUUCGAGCCAAGACAAAGAGAUGAAAAUAAAAACGGAACCCACAGAAGAGAUGGGUAGAGAUUUGGUUGAUAAUUUAGAUGCAAUUUUGGGUGAUUUGAGUAGCUCAGAUUUUUGCAGCAAUCCUAUGUCUAUGAAUGGGAAUAAUAUGGGGAACAAACAACUGUUAUGUCAAGGAAACCCAGCACUGGGCAUGAGAAGUCCACAGUCUGUGCAGACAACCCGUCCUCCUUUCAGCAGAGCCAUGUCUUUAGACAGUCCUGUGUCCGUGGGCUCAAGCCCAUCUGCAAGGACCGUCAAUGCAUUUUCCAUGUUACAAAAGCAAACCAUGAUGGGUGGAAGUCCAAGAAUGAUUGAAAACCAGGACAAUUUUGGAGCAAAUAUAGGUGGCUCAAACAGACAUAUGUCUAUGAAUCCAAAUUCAGGAGGCGACUGGAGCCUGCAGAACGCAAAGGUUAGCAGGAUGGAGCCCACCAGUUCAGCGCCAGUUGCAAGACCAGGACCAGACUGCAACCCAUCGCUUUCCAGAUCCACCAUGGGAGGGUCCAUGCCUGGUUUGCCUAUGAGGUCAAACAGCAUGCCUGGCACCAGAUCCAUGCUCCAGCAACAAAUGAUGCACAUGAGACCAAAUGAUAUUAAUAUUGGUAUGGGAGGAAAUCCUUAUGCACAUCCAGGACCAUCAAACCAGUCAAGUUCAUGGCCAGAAAAUAUGUUAUCGAUGGAGCAAGGACCUCGAGGAUCACAAGCCAGGCCGCUAGUUAGAAAUACUUUGGAUGAUUUCUUGUAUAAUGUUCCAAAUGUCGAUGGCCAAAGCGAUGAAAGGGCUCUUCUGGAUCAAUUGCACAUGCUGCUGAGUAAUACAGAUGUCACCAGCCUGGAGGAAAUCGAUAGAGCCUUGGGGAUUCCUGACCUUGUCAAUCAAGGGCAAGCUUUGGAAAUCAAGCAAGAACCAUUUCAUGGCCAAGAAUCCCCAGUCAUGAUUGACCAGAAGCCUCCCAUGUAUGGUCAGCCAUACCAGGGGCAGGGCGCAGCAAUGCCAGCAGGUUUUACUGCCAUGCAGGGCCAGCAACCGUCCUUUAACUCUGUGAUGAAUCAAAUGAACCAACAGAGCAAUUUCUCAAUGCAAAAUAUGCAUCCCAGAGCCAGCAUGAUGAGGCCCAGGACUAAUGCGCCAAAGCAGCUUCGCAUGCAGCUCCAGCAAAGGCUUCAAGGGCAGCAGUUUUUGAAUCAAGCACGACAGACACUGGAUAUGAAAAUGGAGAGUUCUAAUCCUGGUGGCGCAUCGAUGAUGAGACCGGUGAUGCCCCCACAGAUGGGAUCGCAGCAGCAAAGCUUCCUCAACGCUCAGAUGGUGGCUCAGCGGAACAGAGAGUUAAUAAGUCACCACAUCAGGCAGCAAAGGAUGGCAAUGAUGAUUCAGCAGCAGCAGCAGCAGCAGCAGCAACAGCACCAACCUCAGACCUUCAGCCCCCCUCCAAAUGUGACUGCCUCCGGCAGCAUGGACGGUUCUGUCGCAGGUCCUCCAAUGGCUCCAGUCCCGCCCCAGCAGUUUUCAUACCCAGCAAAUUAUGGAAUGAACCAGCAGCCAGAUCCAUCGUUUAACAGGGUAUCGAGCCCUCCGAAUUCCAUGAUGGCUCAAAGAAUUGGACCCUCUCAAAAUCCGAUGAUGCAGCAUCCUCAGGCGACCGCAAUGUAUCAGUCCCCCGAGAUGAAGGGCUGGCCAUCAGGAAACAUGGCCAGGAGCAGUUCUUUUCCACAGCAGCAGUUCAGUCAUCCAGGGAACCCUGCAACCUACAACAUGAUGCACAUGAAUGGCAAUGGUGGUCACAUGGGACAAAUGAACAUCAAUGCUAUGCCCAUGUCAGGAAUACCCAUGGGAGCAGACCAGCAGAAAUACUGCUGACACCUACAACUACAGAUGGCGAUGUACUAAUAUAACAGAAAAGCGAGCGCACAUACUUCAUGGCAAGUCCAGGCCUUAUGGAAAUACCACUUUUCCCAACGUAUCAUGAAGACGUUCUUAAGUGACUUUAUAAGUUAUGGAUGGGAGGGGGAAGGAAACAAAAUGUCUGUUACGGUAUGAUGUGAUGUAUAAAGAAAGGUCAAGUGAAUACUGUUUUUGGCACUUUGCCUCUAGCAAUGGCAUUUGAGUAAAAGUGAUUGACAGACUCUGUAUACCAGUUCUGCUAUCCAAAGUCCUUAACAAUAGGCAGACCAACGUGCCUGAAGAAAUCUCAGUAAUAGUCUGGGUCCUCCAGUCAGCCUCUGACAGAAUGUAGUAAUUCUGCCCUUGAUCUAAAAAGGAAAAUACCCCCCCCCCCCCCCAAACUCUCAGACUAGGUAUGCAACUGUUACUCUUAUCUGCAGAUGCUAAAAUUGUGCAAAAGGCAGUGCAAAAUCUGUAUCUUACCUUUUGGUGCCGAAGAGUUACAUAGACAUUUAAAAAAAUAUAAUCAUGGUAAAUAUUCCUAUGUUGAUGUGCAGCUGUGUGCACUUUAUAAAAUGCUGAAUAUAAUGGGUAAAUGCAAUAUCUUAAAUGAAUAAAAAAGAUGGCUAUAGAAAGUACGUUCAAUCCCCCCUUUCAAACCCUGUGUAAAUGACUAUUGCACAAAAUGCCUCAUGUAUAAAUCUGAGCAAUAAUUGUUCAUCUUUUUGCCAUUAAACUGCAGAAAAUUCAAGGCAGGGCAUUACAGUCUGAAGAGGGAAUUGAUUGUGAAUAAGUGUUGUAAAUAUGAUCUCAAGAUGUUGUACUAUAUAUACAUAUAUAUAUAUAUGACUUUUGUAGAUCACUGACUCAUUUUUGCAGAGUUUGUGAAGCUAAAUAUGUAACAAAGAGAGUUUCUGUAAACUCAAUUUAGUCAAAGUUGUUUGAAUAAUUUUUUUUUAAUUUAAAUGGUUUCAAAAUUAGGCGACUGUGGUCCUGAUCCUCCUCAUUGAUCUCUGACAGUUUAUUUACAACUUGAUGAAGUAGCUUUUUAAAAGAUCAUUUGUUCAAAGUGCACUUUGUUACUUUUUCUUAACAGGGCAAUUUGAUGACAAAACGGCUCUUUUUAGCUGUCAUAAUUUGUGGACUUUUUGAAUACAACCGGUCUUCAAUUUGAGAGCUUCUGCUCUGGGGCAUUUGGUUCAUUUUUAAUUAAGCCUUAUUGUUCUGAACAUGUUUGUGUGUUUUUUAAUUUCUCUUGUCAGAAGACAUGUGAUGAUACAUAAAUAUCUAAAACUGUUUGUAGAAAUUAUUCAGGUGUUAUCCCAUUUAAUUGCUGUGCUGGUAACAAAGGAAUUUAUUUUUUCCCUUCAUAUCAAUGCUGAAAUUUAGGGGUCAGAAAAUAACCUCGAUUUUCUGACAGUCUGAUGUCAUAAAAUGAAGCUUACAUUGGUUGAUUCAGUUUCAAGCACAAGUUGUAGCGAUUUAUCGCAGGAUCUUUCUAGAAAAAGACAGGCCAAAAUGUAUGAAGCAAUGUGGUUUUGUUUUUUACGACUUGCAUUGCAUAGUUUCUCCUGACUGAACUGUAUUUUUUAUUAUUUUCAUUAUUUUAAUGAGAGUUCAGCUUUGUUCAGAAGCUCACAGUUUUGUGAGUUUAUAUUAAUGAUAAAUCUCUAGUGCAUAAAUUGUUUUGUUAUCCCCAAAAAGCUGCUACAAUCCCAAACCCAGGUUAUAAAUGCUGCCUGGUCUGUGUUAAUUCUACCUGGCUACUGUAUUAACUUUCAUUAAUGUUAUGUUUUGGAUACCUGGACUCUGGUCCAACAUUCUCUGUGUGUUCUGAUGUGAACAUGGAGUCCUCCUGCAUUCAAAAGCUUUCUUAAUGACUUUUUUUUUCCCUCUUAAGUGCAUUGUUUCAUUUAUUUGCACAGAUUGGUUUAUAUUUGCUUUAUGGAAAUUUUAAAAGAUGUAAUGUGCUUUUAGUUUUUAACUAAUGAGAACAAUAACAUCUUGAUGUUAGAAUGAAACAAAAUAGCACAUGCAUAGCUGACACAACAUCUGAGUUGGCAACAAAGGUCUCUCUCGCACACAGAAGCUGUAUGUGUGUAUCAGAGCUUUUUGUGUGUACAAGGUGCCUAAGUGCUACUUCUCUAGUUAUUAUUGAAGGCCCUACCAUUAAAGUGAGAGAGAAUCUUUUUGUUUUGUUUUUCAGAAGUCCCUGGUAAUGUGUUAGCCAAUGCAUUCUCACUCAAAGACUCCACAAGUGUAUAAAAAUAUUUCAAAAAGCCCAUAAAAUAACUUUCUUGGGUGGUUCAUGAUACUGAUGAAAGCCAAUGGCUUUUGACUUCCUACACUGUAUCUAUUAGUGGUUUCCUUGUUUUCAUUUUGAGUGAUUGUAUUUCUGAAAUGAGGUGGUAUCUGCUAUUCUACCUGUUGAUCUGUUUUUUAGAAUGUUAUAUAUUUUUUUCAGGUUUGUACUUCUUGCUGAAUCCAAAGAAUUUAAUUUCAACUUAAUAAAAAUUAAUCAGACAUUUUCAAAAUGUAGGGAAACCAGCUGUGCUUUGGGCAAUUCUGGUUCAGAUGAUUACAUCUAGUAUUACUUCUAGUAGAUUUUGAUGAUCUACAUCAAAAGUCUGACAGGCCUUUGUUUAUAUUUCAAUGCAAUAUCUCCUCAUAACUGGAGUGUGGGUUAUAUUUGGUGUGCUUAGGUUGAGUAACAGCAAUUGUGGCUGAAUGGGACAAUGAGGUUAGCUUGAAUUUGGCUCUGUUGAGGCUACUGGUUUGGAUUCUAUGUACCACAAGCGCUAUUUCACUUGUGAAUUCAAAUUUCCCCCUUUCCCGUAUUGCUGUAGUUAGCUGUACUCCUUGAAAUCCUGUUCGUGGGGAACAGAGUUUUUGGAGGGGGUGUAGGUGGGGAGGGUGUAUAUUGGGAGGGAGGAAUUGGCAGAAAUCCCACAGGUGUAGAGCAAAAUCAUAGAAUCCAUCCCACGUCUCUAAAAAGAAAAAAUACCACUUCUGUAUAAAUUAUCAAACAGAAUAGUGUUGAAAAAUAUACUUAUCUACGUUAUUUUAAUUUGUGCUUUUAAAAUGGUAAAUGAGAAGCAUUUUUUCUGCUGUAAGAAAACUAUUUGUUGCACAGAUCAGCACACAGAGUGUAAUAGAAGAUUGUUGGCUAACAGCACUGCAGUAGUUCUAAAACAGUUCAACUAAGCAAUAUUUUUUAAAUAUCUCAGGAGAGAAAGGCAUACAGUGUUGAGAAUUGGCUCUAAAGUUAGUUUACAUUAAAUAUUGCUUGUAAUAAUCAGUCUUUACAUCACAGAAGAAAUGCCUCUCGUGGCUUGAUCUAUUAAAAAGUUUGGUCAGAUGGUUUUGUUUUUCUGAAUUUUAUGCGUGUUUGAUGUUAAUAAUGUAAAUAAAGGUUUCUAUUCGAAACUGGAA